AUGUCUAACAAAGAUUUACUGUUGCGUGUCGAACAUGUGAAAUAUCGUAUGCCAGGUGCUUCUAAAUCACCUAUUGGUACCUUUUAUGUUUAUGAAGAUCGGGUUGAAUGGUUGGAUAACGCUUCGGAUGAAAAACUUGUCGUCCUUUUCAGCGAUAUUAGAGGACAGCGAAUAUCGCCACCAAAUAAAACAAAAACACAGCUCCAGAUAUGUAAGCAUAAUGAAGAACAAGCAACAUUUGUUUUCGUUAAUCCACUUGGGAAGGAAAUGCAUGUUAAAGAUCGCGAUUUGGUAAAAGAAAUGUUGCAACAGGCUCUUAUACAUCAUAGACAAAUUGUUAGUCAGAAUGUUACACAAUCGUUAAAGUACAAUAAAACGAAAGAGCUAGAAGCAAAGAAGAAGAUUUUAGAACGCAACAAACAUUUGCAAGAAAUAUACAAGCAUUUGGUUGCGUCGAAACUGAUCUCUGCUCAAGAUUUUUGGAGCGAAUAUUAUCAAAACAAGGAUGUAGACGGCGGCAAAUUGGGUGUUUCAAGUGGCUUUCUGAGCAGCAUUGCACAGUCUGAAGGCACGAAUGGAGUCAAGUUAAAUCUCAAUAUCGAUACAAUCCAGAGUAUAUUCCGAACUUACCCUGCAGUAGAAAGGAAGCAUCUAGAACUAGUACCACACGAAAUGACAGAGCAAGAAUUUUGGGCCAGAUUUUUUCAAUCGCAUUACUUUCAUCGUGAACGUGAGGUAGCUUCUAGUCAGUCCGAUCCAUUUGCGGAUUGUAUUAAAGCUGAUAAUGCAGAAAUGCGUAAACUACUGGAUACGAAGAUUGCUCAUAAAACUCUCGAUUUUUCGUACAUCCACGAUGAUUCUUUAAUUAACAGUAUAUCAUCGUUAUCGCAGCAUGUUUCAUCACAAAAAGAUAUUUUAAUGAAAAGGUUCAAUUAUCAUUCCGAGCGGGUUCUACUUACCACUGCCGAAAAUGAAGUACCAACUGUUGCCGAUUUGGAAGGACAAACGAGUGAAGAAUGUAUGACGGAAACGAGUAAAUCGAAAUCUGGAGACGAGGAUGAUAAUGAAAUAGUAUUAGAAAGUGAGGAGUUGAGGACAGACAAACAUGAGGAAGAGUUAGAUCUUAUUUCAUUCGCAGUGAGUGGUGCAAUCAAGCCAACAAAACUUUAUACCAAUGAACAGGCACAGGCUUAUCGAGAUGUUGUGUUAAGGGUAUGCGAAACUAUGCCAGAGGAUGAGGAUUAUGAUGACGAUUUGAAGGACGAUUCGGAUAGUGACUAUGAAGAUCUCUUAAGAAUGGCCAGUGUUGUUACAGAAACACCAGCUAAAAACAUUACAGAAUUGACCGCAACAGAUUUAGUUGACUUACAAGCAAUCCAUGAUUCUGUUGCUGAGCUACUGAAGCAUUUUUGGAUGUGCUUUCCACCGACGAAUCCUGAUAUGGAUGAAAAAUUAAAACGAAUGAAUGUAACUUUGCGGAAUUUUGAAGAAAAUAAAAUUGCUUCAGCUGAGGAGCGGUUCGGUGAAAAAAAUAUUGCACGUUGUCGACAAAUGCUCAGUUUUGCGUAUACGCGUUAUGACGCAUAUUUACAAAAAAAGAAGAAGUAG